GUAACACUCUAGCAAACCCAGCGUAAAACGGAGGACAGCUCUGCUGCCGCCGGGGAUAUUGGGCAGCCCCGAUGGCGCCAGCCACCUGAAACCCUGCCAAUCGGCAAGCCCUACGAUGGCCGACGAGUCGAAGGACGACGCGUCCUAUGCGAGCGUCUCCAGUGGCGGCUCGAGCCCCCUCAAGCGCGGGCGCCGGCCGCCCAAGCCCACGAAGGACAGGGGCCGGCCCAAGCCCCAGGCCAAGACCAAGGCCAAGUUCAAUCCGAAAGGUGGGAGGAAGGCCCCAGCCUGUGUGGAAAUCAACCAGCGCGUCGGGUGCACCCGAUAAUUCUUCACUAAGUCAUGUCUCGGCGAUGGCGUGGCCGCGCUGGUUCCGUCGAGCGGCGAGGAAUCGGCAUCGCCAAGCCAUCGAGCAGGCGUCGCGUCGAUGGCGUGGAGGACGACGCGAAAAUUCAGCACGAACGCGCCGUAAAAUUUUGAUUUCCACACAGGCCCCUGCCAAGAAGCCGAUGCCACCUGUUCCAGAGUCGAAGGCGGCGCCGCCGAUCCCGCCCAAAAAACCGCAGCUUACUGUGCGCGUCGUCGGCCCUGAUAUGCGGCCGUCGUCAGGCGGUUCCUACGACCGGCCCGGUAGCAGUGAUUCGUUCCGACCGUCGAGCGCGGGCACCUACGACUCCAGACCCAGCAGUGGAGGCUCCGACUAUAGCGAGAGGUCCAUGACGCCCGAGGAGGACGACCAGGACGACGACGCCGGCGGCUUCUUCGACUCCCACGCGUCGACCGCGUCCGGUACGAUAGAAGACGAGUUACCUUUUGAGGAAAGGCCCAUGUCUCCGACCUACUACGACGACGACUCCUACGACUACGACGACGACCGGCCGGAGUCGCCGUAUAGCGACGACGGCGACUACGACGACGAGGACCUGUGGCACCGCCGAUUGGGUUUUCGGCCGAUGACGCCCGUGGCGGAAGGGAGUGAGUCCGGCUGGUCGUCGCCGGCCUCGUCGCGACCGAACACGUCGCCGUACAAGCCCGGGUCGCGCAGUUCGUUGGGCUCGCCGUUGGGCUCCGACGCGUCGCCGCUCGAGGAGCCGUUCUUCCACCAGUCAAGCGUCCAGACGUCAUUGCCCGAGGAUACGUCCCUGCAGACCACAUCUCUCGCCGAAGAAUUGGGGGGCGAGGGCGAGGUGCUGCUUCACGACGGCGACACGUUUCCCGGAGCUUCUCCCAUGGAUGACUCGUCGCUAGCUUUCUCUAUCGCUUCUCCAGACGCGGAAGCGGAAGCCCCGGCACCUGCGGAUGCGGAGUCGUCGGAGUGGGAGAGUUAUACCAAUACCACGCCAACUCUGCGCGAAGAUUCUUUGACCACGGUCGACGAGUCCGGCUCGCUGGAACGAAAGUCUCUAGACACCGUUUCGGUACUAACGGAACCGAAGGAAGAGACCAAGGAAAAGGAACUCGACGGCGAGGAGUCCGACGAGACGGCGACGCCGCGCACAGUCGCUGAAGAUGAGCCUAAAGUCUCAGAGCGCAUCGAAAAAGAGGCGCAAGAGAAGGCCAAGGAGGCCGAGACGGCCGCCAUCAAGGCCCAGGACGCUCUCAGGUACGAGCAAGAAAAACGGGAACUAGUAGAGGUCGAGAUUUGUAUUCUAUCGGCCCGAGGUCUACGAGGCGCCGAUAUAGGCGUAUUUUCGUCGAAGAGCGACCCCUACGUGAAAGGGCAUGCAUUAUCAUCUACAAAGACACCUGAAGAGAUAGGAAAGACGGCCUGGAAGAGCCAAACAUUGUCACCACGAUGGAACGAGGUGCUGCGCGUGACGUUCGAUUUGAUGAGUGACGCCUUCCAGGGCGUGCGACUAGGCGUCUGGGACUAUGAUGUGGGCGGGGAUGAUGCUUUAGGCAUGGUUCAAUUGUCCAGGGAAGAAUUGCUGGAGCCGCGACUCCAGCCGCUCGAGAAAGCACUGGUGCCCCACCCCGACUCGCCGCCAGAAAAACGAGCGUUGACGACGGGCCACUUGACGGUGCGCAUCCAUGUGAGCGGCGUCGUGGCCAUCUUCGUGGACUGCGCGAAGCACCUGCUGGCCGCAGACGGCGCGCUCGGCGGCGCGAGCGACCCUUAUGCCAUUGCCAGGUGGGUCGGCCACAACUCUCGCAAAUUAUCUCAAACACGAACGAUCUCCGAUAGUCUCUCCCCGGACUGGAACCACGCCUUUUUGGUAGCGAUUCCACUCAUCCGACCGGUGCACGGCGGGUUUAUACAAAUUUCUGUGUGGGACGACGACUAUUUUGGCAGUGAUGAUUUCCUCGGACAAGUUAAUUUGGACGGUUCGUUUAUUGUGAGACAACGAACGAUGGCGAAAGUAGUAAAACCCCUGCAGCCGCGGAAAAAGGGCGAGGCCGUGCAGGGGACGAUUCAGUUACGUAUCUUUACUCCACCGGGCAUCAUGGACCUGUGCCAGAAGAACACGGCGUAUGUGACCUCCAAAACACUCACACGCAAUGACCUACCGCGGUGCCACGUGCGCCUGAAGGUUUUACGGGCCGACGGGCUCAGGAAGGCGGACUGCUUCGCGACGUGCGCCGGUGAUCCGUAUGCGGUCGUCUUCCGAGAUGGUCAUAAAUUAGGAAGAACUCCAUCUUGCGAUUCGACGACGCACCCCGUCUGGGAUUCAAAAAACUUAUUUGUAUUAACUGAUAUCCCGACGCGAGUCGUCGAGAAGUCUGAUCCCGACUAUUUCGAACCCAAAAGGAGUUCGUGGUUCAAACGACGAAGGCCGAAGAAGCAGGAAGAUUCUGAGAGUGACGACGAUGCUCCACAAGUAGCGGCGGGAGAAACGGACCCCGAGGCGAGUCGCGCGUUGAAAUUACAAGCUGAUAAAUUAGCAGCCGAAGCGGCUGGUAAGGGCGAGCCGGCGGUCGACGUGCACAUCGAGGUCUUCGACGACGACGCGGUGUCGAAAGACUUUCUGGGCUUCGCGCGCGUGUCGUGGCGAGAGCUCAUGACGCCUGGGGUUAAGAAGUUGAAGCUGAAGGAGCGACCGGGCUACAGAGGUAACAAGUCGCAGCGCUAUGCUGCGCAAGGCGUCGUUGUGAUCAAGAUUACGCAUGAGGUCAUUGUGCAUGCUAGGGCCUAUGAGGCCAGUCAUUUACCUCAGAGAGAUGUGUUUGACGUGCCCGAUGCGUAUUGCUUGUUCAAGUGGGGCCGCGAGGUGUUAGGGAAGUCGUCGACGGCCUCAAAUCAACUCGAUCCGCUCUGGUACGGUCCUGAAAAACCCGCUUCAUUCUCUGUCCCAUUAGACCCCGAGGAGGACGAGAUUCUCUUCGAUUUUUUACAUGUGGAGAUCUGGGAGGAGGAUUUACUUUCCCAAGAUGAUUUCCUCGGGUUAGUAUCCGUAUCACGCCUGGACGCGGCCUUCCCGUCGCCGGGCGUGCCGCACUACCUCACGCGGCGGCCGGGCAUGUCCGAGGACCCGGCGCCGCAGGGCUACGCGGAACUCAACUUGAGGGCUUUCUACAUCCCCUUUGGUGUGGCCGAGCCGAAGAAGGCGCAGCGCAUCCAGUAUAUGCCGUUGGUCGAGCAUGGCGGCCAGCAGCCGCCGGAGGCGGAGGUCACGGUACAUAUACUGAGAGCUGGUAAUCUACUAAGAACCGAUCUGAUCGGUGGCGCCGAUCCGUUCGUGAUCGUACGUCGUAACGGCAAAGUCAUCGGCCAGACAAAAACGAAGUUCGACACUUUGUCACCUCACUGGAAAGACGAAUCGUUCUUGGUCCAAGUACCCUUGAACCACAAAGGGUUACCUUGCGAACGAGUUGAGUUAAGACUCGAGGUCUGGGACCAGGAUCUUUUCAGUAAAACGUUGAUGGGCCUCGUGCGGCUCGGCGCGGAUGAUCUGUGCACGGACGCGGUGAUAAGAAGAUACGCGUUGCAGCCGGAGUGCCCGUCCCAACGCUUCCUGCGGGACCCCAAAAAUGUCAAUCCCAAGUUAGGAUGGUUGGAAGUGAGAUGUGCUGUCUGUGGCUGCCUGCAGCUCUGCGUGAAUCAGGCCGACGAGAUCCGGGCCGCGGACCCGUCGGGCACGAGCGAUCCCUAUGUGAAAGUGAAGUGGGCCGCCGUUGGCUGUAGAACAGUAGGAAGGUGCGCCCCGGAGAAACGAACGCUGAAUCCGCGGUGGAACUUCACGCUCAACCUGAGCGUACCUCUGACGCAACCUGAUAGUCUUUUCGCGGCCGUGCUCGUGGAGGUCUGGGACCACGACUUUUUGGGCGAUGAUUUUUUGGGGUUGGUAGCUAUUGACCCUGCAGAACUAGUAACAGCCGCGGAAACGGGGGGUCUCGUCACUCGACGACUCCUAGACAAGGAUGCUAAUGGAAGGAAGAAGCGCCAGGCCCACGGGACGCUCAGUUUCAAGGUCGAACAAAGCGUGGCCAUCUGCAACCUGCGGAGACGGCUCUGCAAGAGAGUGAUGCAAGCGCAAACGGCCAAUCGUUUAGAUGGGUGCUGGGUCAAGUUUUGUGUGACGAAGUGUACGAAUUUGAAGAACAAGAAGGGUUUCCUCAAUCGCAAGGUCAAUUUCAUGCUACCCGAUCCGUACGUGUCUGUGAGACUGCAGAAGAAGAGAUUAGGCCGAACCUCGACAAGGCCCAACACCCUCAACCCGGUAUGGACCAAUAAAAAUGACAAGGAGACCUUCACGCUCAAGAACGUGCCGACCUACGCCAAGGAGACCCAAGGCACGUCGGCCAGCGAGUACGUGGUCACGCUGAACGUUUUUGACGACGACGUCGGCCGCGACCGGCCCAUGGGCAGCGCGACGAUGCACUGGGAGGAGCUCAUGUGUGAAGGAGAACAUUGCUUAAAAAUGCACGGGCAGCGGAACGACGCGUAUCACAAGCGGGAAAUGCACUUUCUGAAAUUCCACAAGUCGGUGACUCAGCGUGGUUUCCUUCAAUUUCUCAACUUCAACUUUGGGAAGAUGGCGUCGCCACGAGGUCAUGCCACCUCUACACAAUCGAUGGGGCCGUCAGAGAGUCUACGCAGUGUCGCGACGCCGUCGUUCGACGCAGGUCGCGCAUGGAGAAACAUGUGAGUAGAGCGGUCAAGGGCAAGUCCAUGAAGAAGAAGGUCGAGCCGGAGACGCUGGAGGAGCACAUUGUGGCGGGCGGCGCGCUGAUGUUUGUGAGGGUGUGGCACGUCGCGCGCGUGCGACUUCGCGUGACUGGGGCCCAUGAUAUCAGACCCGCAGAUUGGGGUGUUUCAGGUGUCUUGGGCGGUCGCGCCGACCCCUACUGUGUUGUGAAAUAUCAGGGCAAACGAGUGGCCAAGACGAAAAUUUGUAACUCGACGCUCGACCCGUGCUGGAACGCCGUUUUCGAGUUCACGGUGCCGACGCACGCGCCGACCGAGGGCGAGGCCGCCGAUUUGCUGAUUGAAGUCUUCGACCACGACCUCGUUGGUAGUGAUGACUUCCUUGGUUGUGCGGUCAUCCCGCACGAGCACCUACUCAGGCCGCACCCUGGGGAUGUGUAUGAGCUCGGGCCGGCCUUCAACGCAUCAGUAAAUGGUCCGGUUGCGUCCGGCUUUUUAGACGUGCAGGUGGAGACGUCCUACAUCCCGGGGAGCAUGGAGCCCGUAGCUUGGCCGCGCGCGCCGCUUGAUGGACAAAAGGACCCCCUAGACAAAGCAAGGGCCGCCCAGGAGAUGGAGCGCAAGAUAAGAAAGCUCAACAAGGAGAAGGCUCGCGCGGACCUGGAGUUGUGGGCCGGCCGCGACGUAAGACAAGCUCGCGACAAGAAGUCGGGCCGAAAAUACUGGUGGGAGCGACUUAGUAAAAAAGAGCGGACGAAGGAAGACGGCACGCUCAGACCCGUGCCACGCUGGUGGCGCGACCCGCGGCCGCCGCCCAUUCAUCCCCCUAGUAUGUUCACUCCCAUGGAUUUGCCGCCGCGACCGUCACCUACGAAGCGAAAAUACACUUUGCUGAAUGAGCUGGAGCCCCAGGAUUUGGGAUUUUUCGUGCGACCGACGGCCAUCGUCGAGGUCUGUGUCUUGCGAGCCGGAAAACUCAGAAACGCCGACAUCUCGCUACUCGGCGGCUCGUCGGAUCCCUACGCGACGAUUAGGUACGGCCCCCAGCACUGUUUAAAAACGAUAGGGAGAACAUCCGUGGUGAACAAUAAUUGUGAUCCUGUGUGGGGCCAGCAAUCAUUCAGAUUUCCGGUUCGAGUGGAUGCGACGUGCCGCGACCAUCAAAUUGUCGUUGAGCUCUAUGAUAGCGACGGGACGGCGGGCAAAAUCUUCGGGGACGGGGAUGAUGCUUUAGGUAUGGCCAUCUUUCCGGUGAGUGAGUAUCUGAAUUCGACGGGACCUCUGCAACGGGAGCUACGACCGCAGCCCGGCGAGUCUCCGGUGACGGGUUUUGUGGAGAUCCGGACGCAAUUACUAGCUAGAGUACGUUUACAUUUAGAAGGUAUUCAAUAUGGCGCCGACGAAGAGGGCGAGGCCGACGAUGGGAUAACUGGCGCUCUGACCGCGGGCAUACUAGGUGCAGGCUCUUCCGCUCUCGCGCUGGGCUCUUCAGCUCUCGCUUUAGCACAAGAUACGGCCGCGGCCGCCCAGAAGAACGUCGCACUCGGUGCUCUCGCCAUCCAGGACGCCGCGAUGGACCCUUCGCAGCUCGCGGCUCUCGCGCAGUCGGGCGCCCAAGGAGCGCUCACGACCGCCCAGGGAGGCAUGAAUGCGGCGAAGUCCAGCUUGAAAAACAUAACGAAGAAGAAGAUCAAGCGCAAGAAGGUGCAGGUCCGCUCAAAAUGGGUCGGCUGGCAGGCGCACGACCUGCCCGUCGUGCGGGACAAGGGCGCUUUAUAUGUGGACGUACCUAUCACGAGGAUAGAAGGAUCUUUAGAGUUACACUGUGAACAAGUAGGCUCCAGAAGACUGCUGGGCAUGGCUAGGAUGACCACCGAGGAUCUCCUGUAUGGUGUCACGCGAGAUAUACCUAUGAACAAAGUGCCCAAUCGGAAGGGCAAGUGGCUAAAAGGAGCGCAUUUACGAUGUAGAAGCGAAGUGCCCAAGGAUCUAGCUGAAUUGAUAGCUUGUGUCCGAGGCGCCAGGACAGUAGCACCUUCCAAUAACACGUUACCGAGAUUAUCCGCGAUAGAAAUUGAUAUCGUACGAGCCCAGAACCUGAAGCAGUGCGACACCUUCUCACUGUCGGACCCGUUUGUGGUGGGGUAUCACGGCGGCGAGAAGAUCGGUACUACUAGUAUCAUAAACGAUACCUUAUCGCCCAUCUGGCCCCGCGAUGCUUCCUCGACGUUCAGGCUGGAGAAGCUCAGGACGUGUCCCGAUAUAUGGAGUGAAAAUGCGGGCGGCUUCGCGGAAUUUGACCCUAUAGAUUACGGCGUGUGCCUCGAGGUGCGCGACGACGACGGGCCUGGUAGGCCUACCGAAUUUAUGGGCCACUGUGUUUUGACCUUGAAAGAUCUACUCACGCCAGGAGAACGGGAGUUCGAGUUACUAGACCCGCUCGAUGGCGACAACGGCAUGGGGGCCGAGGCCUUUGUUUGUAAGCACGGUAGGAGAUCUGAGUUACCUGAAAGAAAACGCAGGACGCCCUACAAAUGUUUUACGGAGGAGGUCGGACGGUGCGGUACAAUACCGGGCUGGGGCUGGGGCGCCUGCCUGUGCGUGACGUGCGCGCCCCUCUGGGCCGGAGCGGCCGUUGGGAGAGGUAUAUGCUUUGCUUCUCAAGAAGCCUGGCACGCGUCCUGGGCCGCGGCCUACUGCGUCGAGGACUACUGUUGCACGUGCUGCCCCUGCGACUUGCCGCGGACGCAGCCUGUUAGGGGUAGGUUGUUAGUACGCAUCAGACACUUCGCCGAGGUCCAGUUGCGCAUACUCGAAGGCUACUCAUUGCAAGGCGUCGACGAAGCUUUGUUAUAUGGCAAGGCGUCUUCUGAUCCAUAUUGCGUCGUGGAGUACCGAGGGAAACGAGUCCUAAAAACAAAGUACCGCUCCAAGACCCUUGACCCGAAAUGGUACGAAUCUUUGACAUUAGAAAUAGAAGUACCGGCGCGAGGCGCCGUCGGGAGUGACGGCGAAGCCCCGGCCUUAGCGGGAGCCCCGGAAUUGCCCUGGGAGCACCCGGCGCGAGCCCUGAUCCGAGCCGACGAAAGCGCCUUGAAAAUCACGGUCUGGGACCACGACACGUUCAGUGGCGACGACGCCAUGGGCCAGAUCAUCAUAAGGCCCGAGUUUUUGCUGCGACCGCAGUGCGGCACGCACUGGCCGCUCAUGAGAGUCGAUGAUCACACGGAACGCGCGCAAGGCUUCAUUGAACUAGAUGUCCGAAGUUCGCGCGUGCCGGGCACGCUCGACCCGGCGCCCCGCCGCCAGUUCGGGUCUCUCGGGCAUUACAGAGAGCUCACGGACCCCGUCACGGGAAGGAAUUUCUGGUUUGAUGUGUGGACGCGGGAGACGUUCUGGGUGCAUCCUGGGGAGGUGCUGAAACGAGAACGGGAGACGCUGGCGCGCAACAAGAAGUCGCAGUUACGCAUCCAAGAACUCCAGGCCAAACGUAAGAAGAAGUCCUGGUUCGCUUCGAAGCAAGAAUCUGACUUGAGAGGUGAUAGUGAGGCGCUGUUGCACGGCUUGGACCGGCUGACCGCCAAUAGCCUCGAGCCGCAGAUGGUGCUGGGGAUGAUACUCAUACGGGCUCAUAAUCUGAGGAACACGGAUGGUGGCAUGCUCUCGGGCAAGUCGGACCCUUAUGCUACCAUUAGAUUUGGUUCCGAAGUUAUAGGAAGAACAGCAACAGUAAAAGACUGUCUCGACCCCGAGUGGUUCGAGGGUAUCAGGGGCGUCUUGCCUCUUGGUGAUGAAGCUACUGAGGUCGUAAUAGAGGUCUGGGACGACGACGGUGGCGGAGGUAGGGAUGAUUUGUUAGGCGAGGCGCGAUUAACCUCAGCGCAAUUAUAUGCGAACGCCGACAAGGUCGCCACAUUACAAUUAGCGGCCAAACCGGGCCAGCCCGCGGCCCAGGGGUCGAUCGAGGUCCAUUUUGAGUGCAAAUUGAAAUGUGUAUUUGAGAUCAACUCGCUACGGACGCAAGAGGCGCGAGACGUCUAUUGUUCCGCGUCCUGGGAGGGUCGCGAGUGCGGCGAAUGUGGCAGGACACCUACAACAAAUCCUGAAGAUGGGCUAGCGCUCUGGGGCCAUAGGUUUGCGAUUGCCAUACCGGUGCGGUGGCCCCUCGACGUUCUAGUUUUGACGGUGCGAGAACACAGGACCGAAGGUGAAGAUGCGUUACUCGGUUCCGUGCGAGUCGAUGCUUCGACGUUGUUGCCUAUCAGUUUCAAAGAAGGGGAAAAGCCGCCCGAGGCACCCAUCCUACGCUUCCCCCUAUCAUUCAGUAAUGAUCUAUCGGUACCGGUCAAGAAGCGCGACCUGAACCGGAAAGGCUUGGUGAAGCGCGGCAAGAACUUCCGACGACCAAGCUGGGAGCAGGCCGAGAUCGAGAGUAAGAGGAAAAGGCCGUCGUCGUCUCGCAGUUUUGACGAGCAACUUGAGCUAGAAAGGUACGCGGAAGAGGACGACCUCGGAGACCCGGCGUCGCCCAUAGCGAACCACCUCUCCAGGGUCACGUACGACGAGGUCAAAGAAGAGCCGGUGCGUAUGUCGGCGUCCAUAUCUAUAUAUUCACACACACACACAUAUAUCAUAUACAUAUAUAUUUCAACGUGGCGCGGCGACCGAGGUCUACUACGCCGCCUUACGCCAUCGAUGCGCUCCUCGUAUGUAUACAUACAUAUAACAUAUACAUAUCCACAGGACGAAGAGUCGUAUGCGGAGCAGUCGCACAUGGACGAAUCUCUAGCGCAAUCGCUGCGAUCCUUUGAAAGUGAACCGGAGGAGCUCUUUGCGGCUCAUUCGAUGUUCCCGUCUCGCAAAGCUUUAUGGGACGGCCUGUUCAGCACGAAAGCGUCGGCCAAGGACCCGCAGAAGCCGUGGGGCUUCGUCGCGAAGCUCCUGAAGUGGCCUGUUACUCAAAAGAAGACGUUCGAGAAGCCGCCCAUGCUAUCCAAGAGUUUCUCCAAGAGGACACUAGCGAGACGAUCGUUAGAGAUAGAUCGGGGCCACGGCGAUCUACUUAUUGUCAGAUGUGUCGCACCACCAGGCACGUUGCAAGAAUAUGCCAACUUUGCGCAUAGUAACUUACAGAUGCCCUCAGCUAAUAAUCUCCCAAGAUGCACGGUGGAAGUAGAGGUCUCCCGGGCCGACGACCUGCCGCAGGCGGAUCUACUCGGCAAGUCCGAUCCCUUCGUCGAAAUCUACUGCGGCGGCGAAAAGAUCGGCCGAACAAAGACCAUCUGGAAGACCUUAAACCCGAAAUGGGACGGCGAGUUCUUUAAGUUACGUAACGUGCCUGGUACUGACUCGGCGUCUUCAGUGACCUUGAACUUGAUCUGGUGGAGGCGAUGACGUCUUCAUGAGACUGCGCCGCCUCGACGUCGUCGACGCGGCCGCCAGAGCGCCGACGCGCCUCGUGAGAGAGUCGCGGUCGUGUCGCGACGGUGCCGUUCCCACACAGGUAUCGUCCGCAACGUGCAAGAUGAAAUGGACGGCAAGCUCGAGCUGCGCGUCAUGGACGACGAGCUCGUGAGCACGCCGGACUUUCUGGGGUAUGCGCAAUUGGAGCACAAGGAGCUGCUCUACAAGAUGCCGGGGCAAGGCUGGCGCAAUUUGGAUCUUAUUGAUGACCCGGCCGGUGCGCUCGCGGCGUCCCGUCACGCCGUCGACGCGAUACGUAUCACGCAGGUGUCAUUGGAAGAGAGAAGGAGGAGGACAAUAAGGUCCAGUCCAAGGUCCAUCUUCGCGGGACGCUGACGAUAAGAACGAAGUUGAUAGUGACGGUACGAGUGACGAUCGUCGGCGUCAUUGGUCUGAAAAGAAACGACAGGAGCGAGGACGCCGUGCCGGACCCCUUCUGUGUCGUCAAGUACCUGGACCGGGAGUGGGGCGCCCGGACGCCGCCUCGAACAGAUAGUCUGCGGCCGGUCUGGUACCAUGCGGUGGACGUCGACGUCCCCGUCCCGGACGACGGGAAUUACGGGUCACCGCUCGAGGUGUUGGUCUACGACAAGGGAGAGAAGAAGCGUAGAUUUUUCAGUACGAAAACCGUGAGUAGUGACGAGUUGAUUGGCGUUGCGUCGAUCGAGCACGAGGAGCUCAUCUGGCCGCACGACGCGCCCGGGCUGCGAGACGUUAUCGAUAGUGAGGGCAAUGCGACAGGAGCCAAAGUAACUUUAUAUAUUGAGGCGUCGUGCAUCCCGGGAAGAAUAGAUAAAAGACGGAGGCCUGAAGUUAAUGCAGAAUACGCCUCCGAGACCGACGCGAGGACCGGGAAAGUCUACUGGUACGACGUGUGCACGCGGGAGCGCUUCUGGGACGACCCGCGGCCGGCGCAGGAGGCCCUUGCUGCCGAGAUUGCGGAGUUCGAGCGCUUACACACGGGAGAUACACACAGUCAGCUACCUCUGCCGUUGUUGAGAGCUAAACGCGGAUUCCCCGAACCACCUAGACAGGUGUCGGGAGCGGGUGGCGACGCCUCUGCCCGAAUCUGGUGGAAGCCGUCGCGGCCGAACGGGCCGCCCGUGAAAGGGUUUUCGGUGGAGCGCCAGCGCAAAAGAGAUGGGUUGGAGACCUGGGAGGACAAGGGGACCGUGUACGUCGACGCCGCGGCGCAACGAAAAGCUGAUUCCAGAGCGGCGAAAGCCGCAGGAAGGUCAUUAACGAAGGCCGAACUCGAGGCGGCGCGAAGUAACCAGCCGCCCUGCGCGUUGAUCGUUGAUGAGUUGGCCAAUGAUUCGUGGUACCGGUUCCGAGUCUACUCGCACAAUGACGUUGGGUUGAGCACACCGAGCAACUGGAGCAAUGAUUGCAGGGUCCAAAGGCCUCUGCCCGAGGGCUGGAAGCAGGUCGAGCCGCCGGACGGCUCCAAGACCUACUACUACAAUGUUAAAACUAGACAAACCACUUGGGACCGGCCGGACAAGGACCCCUUUGCUCUCCCAACAGAAGUGUUUUUGCAGUUCACCUCUGAUGAGCUCACCCAUUUGCAGGAUGUUUUUACAGAUAAGGACUACGAUCGAAGCAAUGCUGUUUCACUGAGGGAGUUCGAAGCCGCUCUACCGGCUCUCGGGGAGGUCUUAUCUCCCACAGACUUGUUAUGGUUGUUUUACCAGUCCGACCUGGAUCCUUCGGCGGAAUUGAGUUAUGCGGCCUUUGCGCGAGCCAUAGCUACCCUAAAAAGAGCUCGCAUCGAACGAGCGCCCUUCUGGCGGUGGAUGCCGGCCAAGUUUCGAGAUAUGAAAGAAUUUAUGAGAAGGCCCCGAGUACCUCGAGCAAUGAAAAAACUAGUAGCAGCCAAGGAGGACGAGAUCCACGAGCGUGUUGGAGCGUGGACGAAGGUGCCCCACCCCGAAAUCAAGGGGAGCACGUACUGGGUGAACCCGGAGACCGGAGAAACGAGUUACGACACGCCGGAAGCCAUAAAGUACUUUCUGCCACAAGCGUGCGAUCUCGGCGUCCCACGUCGGUGCCUUCACUUCCAUACGACUCGUGUCCAUCAGACGAGGUCGUGGCUGGUUUUAUUUUCGAAUAGGGGCCCGUUCGGACCGCGUUCACGAGAGAUGCCCCGCGCAGGCUGCAAGAAGAAGCAAAAAAAUGGGUCGACGACGACGAGCUCGCGGAGAUGGAGACGCAGUUCGACGCCAUGGACCUCGACGGGUCGGGAGCGAUUGACAUCGGCGAACUCAAACUGUUGAUCCGAGCGCUGACGGGCGAGACGUAUAGUGAUGCCAAAUUAAGGGGCAUCAUGUAUGAAGUGGAUUUUGACCGGUCCGGCGAGAUUGAUUUUGAUGAGUUCGUGCUCGCGAUGAUCACGUUGAAGAAGGGCAAAAGAGGGGCUUUCAGUCGUUUUGGCGAUCUUAAAGAUAUAGAAAGGGAUGAAAAUGUGGAAGCUUUACAAUCCGAUGGUGCGCAUGUGAAGCUCGAGGCGGCGAAGAAGUCCAAAAAAAGAUAUCCGCACGGCUACUACUGCGUCUGCGGCUGCCGCGCGUUGCACGAGGGCGAGAUCCAGUACAUCAAGUCGCAGAAGAAGAUUUAUUCUAUUUUUCCAAGAUUAUCGGCCAAACAGCUCAAAUCACAAGCGAUGGGCGGCGGGAAAGCUUCCCAGAUGGCCGUCCAGCAGCGGAAUACGAUGCAGGAGACGCGCUACCAGCCGGCGAAUUUGGUGCCCGAUCAACCUAGGAUGGCUUCUCGGGAAGAGGUGCCGAAGUGGAGCAUGUUGCAGGUGAACUAUAAGCGGGAGGAGGUGACCGGUGAUGCUUCUCCUCCCAAAGUCGGGCGGUUGCGGCACCAGACGGAGGAGCGGAACCUGAAGCUGCUGGCCAACGAGUAAUGUGUUAUUGUGAUA